AUGCCCUACUUCCGUUUCCGCGCCUACAGCGAGCUGAAAAAGGAUCUCGCCCGCCUUAGUGCGGCCAGCGAGCCUGCCACAGCUCCUCAGGCAUCUGACGCUGGGUCUCGCGUGCCGACCCCCUCAACAUCCAAUGCUGCGACGCAGACAUCCGACGACGGAACCGGGUUCAGCAGUGAAGACGGGGGCGUCCUUCUCACGCCCCAGCAGACCGACAGCGAGAAUGAGUCAAGCGACAGCGACGGCCACCCCGCAAUCCUCACGCCGCAGAGUACCGGCGACGACACUCCGAAGCCAGGCACGAUCAUUUUCUUCCCCUGGCGCACGCAGCUGGGAUGUCCGACCCUGGAGCAGAUCAAGAAGCACCGCAGCUUCGAAGAAGUCUUCUCCAGCAACGACUUCCGCAACUGGGACUGCCUGCAGCCCGCCGAGCAGGCCCGCCGCCGCGUCCUAGCGCGCAAGAUCAAUAACCCAGCUAACAAGCCCGCGGAUGCGGCGUGCGACACCUGCGAGCGCGCCGACCCGCACGUGGACCUGUGCUGCGAGGGCUGCACCGCCUAUUUCCACUUGGAGUGCGCCUGGAACCGGCACGGUGCGAUUGAAUGGGGUACCGACUAUAAAUUCAGGAUACCUAUGCAUUGCCCGGCGUGUCGCAAGCCGUGGAAAUUUGGUGCUGAUCUGUUCGACCAGGGGCUCCUGAAGAAUGACGAGGAUGAGGUGGUGGAGCAGGCUGAGAGUUUCGAGUACUUGAAGAUGGAGGGUCAUGUUUGGAAGUGA